CUAAGAGAGGAUGUGUACCAGGAGGAAGAUCAUCUGCAGUCUGCUGGUGCUGUCUGUGCUGGAGAUAGGACUCGGGGUGUCGAGCAUAGCUUUGGGGGCAGUGGGGAUCAGCAGAGUCAAUGCCGAGCACAAGCCACAACUGGGAGAUGCUUCUCCGGUAUGGAGCGGGGUGUGUUUUCUAAUAUGUGGUCUCUGUGGGGUAAUAUGUGCCAAAAAGAAAUCAGGACUCAUUAUGAUAUUAUUUUCAGCCUGUUGUAUCUGUGGGCUGAUUGGAGGGAUACUAAACUUUCAGUUUGUGCGAGCACUUGUGAAAAAGUCCUCCACUCUUUACUCUCUGCACGUUGCUGCCAUGUCACUGGCCUGUCUGGGGAUUGGUGGCUGCACACUUUCAGCCUGGCUCACCUGUCGCUUAGCCAGCAAUGAGCAACAAAGGAUGUUUAUAGAAAGGGAGCACUCUCUACACCAUUCCCACGAAAUGACAGAGAAAGAAGUGCCAGAUAACUUAAGCAAUGGGAUCCCCCAAGUUCUACAAAAUGGAAACACAACAGUACAGUGACAAUGUACAAUAACAACAAAUAAUGGGGUUCCUAUAAAUAUGGUAAGCAGAGAAGAACACAGAAUUUGAGAAUGUUUUGGGGGUGUUAUUUGAGACUGUACAAUUCAGUGGAAUCACUCUAGACUGGACAAUGCCCUGUGGCAAUUGGUGAUCAAUUGUACUGACUACAGAAGCAGGUAACAAUUGUACAAGAUGCACAAUUGUUUGGACCAAAAACUUUCUAGAAAAAAAAGCCAAAUUCUUUUAGCUACAGUCCAGUUGACUCAACAAAUGGCUUGAUUAGCAGCUUUUCCUGCUGUUUUGUUUUUAAAGGACAAAUAACCCUAGACUGAUACUUUGCUAUGUUUGUAAAAUAUUCACGUACAACUUCCUGAAAGCAUGUGCAAAGCGUUCAUCAAAAGCUUGCAGUCUGACAGUCUUUCUUAAUCCACAGUUACCCCAUUAGAAUUAUUCCUGAA